AUGUAUAACAAUAUCAAUUUAAGGUAUACGGCUGGGGACGAAAUCGUGAGGGACAAGUUGGUAAACGGUGAUGUUUUCAGUUGGGGUUCAAACUAUCGAUAUAUGCUAGGUCAUAAUAUGGGCAAUGACAAUCAAAUGUCACCGAAAUUAAUACCUCACUUAACCGACAUUAAAGCCAUCAGUUCGGCCAGUCAUACAAAAAAUAAGGGCAAAGUGAUCAGGGAGAUUAAAAAUUUGGCCACGGUAAACUCGAACUUUGUGGUCAAGUAUUAUGACUCGUGGAUCGAGCACCAGUGUCUAUACAUACAAAUGGAGUUGUGUUUGGACAGCCUAAACAAGAUACUAACCUUAAAGCCUCAAGUGUUUAAUCGUCAAUUGGAUGAACCCAUGUCUUUGUACGAGUACUUCAUAUCGUGUGAAAUAUUUCGACAACUUUUAGAAUGCGUUCAAUAUUUGCAUGGUUUGGAUCCCCAGAUCAUUCACCGGGACCUCAAACCCGACAAUAUAUUGAUUUCGGUUAAAGUCAAAAAUGACCGAUUUAUAAAACUAUGCGACUUUGGCCUGGCUACCAUGCACGAUAAACGCAUACAUUAUAUUACAGCCAAUAAGCACACGACCGACGUGGGAGAUGUUAGAUAUAUGGCACCGGAGAUCACCCAGGAUUUAUUGGACUCCAUGAUAAACUUAAAAUGGGAAAAAAGACCGGAAUGUUGGGAAGUGUUGGCUAAAUAUAGCGAGUGGUCCAUCGAUAAUAGUCUGGACCCAAAUGACCUACAAUUUAAGGCGACACUCGAGACCCUUGAGUCGCACGAGAAUCCAUUUUUCAAUAACUUCUUGCUUAACAUAUUGCAACUUAGGGCAGAGGUGGACCCAUGCGUAACCCGCGGUAGGGAACAGACUCUAUACGGGAAGGGGUGCGAGAAAAAAGCCUUUUAUCAAUGCUCCGAAAUUAACUACGAGGCCACUUUUAAGGGCUUCUGUCCGAAUUGCCGUGUUAACUAUGAGGACAUAGGUCGAGAUGUAUGCCUUUCACCAACCCUACUUAAGACGGUCAAAGCUGGAGAGUGUAUGUGUGGUAAUUGGCUGGGACUACACUGCGGGUUGAGGGCUGAGGACCAUAACUGCGACCCUGAUUACUAUGAGACGACCCUUUUCGGGGACUGUGAAGCUAAAGCUUUCUACCAGUGCUCGGAGAUCCAGACUGAGGCCACGUUUAAGGGUUUUUGUCCUAACUGUCGGUUGGCUGACAAGGAUAAUACCGGUCGAGACGCAUGCCUAUCGCCUACAUUUAGACAAUUUGUUGCUAAAUAACAUGUUAUUUAUAUUUGUC